GAGGUCUUUCAAGAACCCAAGAAUCUUGAGCUCUUAAAGCAACCCUUGCUCCAAACAAUUCCAUCCCUUCCUCUCUCAUACAUUCCAAAACUUAAACUUCUUAUUUCUCUUCCACUUCCUGAGCCUGCAUGAAUAAUUGUAGACUCCAAAAUGCCGAAGAGAAUGGCAGUCACACAUGCAGACCUCUCACCAAGUCGUCCAACCAGCGGUUUAGGUAGCAAAACCAGCGCUUUCAUCAUGGUCUUAACCAUUCUCUGCGGCCUCUUCUGCUUCAUCCUAUCUCUAAUUGCUGAAGCUACCCGUUCCAAGGUAACAUGGUUGAGCAGUGAUGAAGGGGAGGGGGGCGGCGUAAAUGAAUGUGUAUACAGCGGCAGCGGGAAAAAGCCGCUGCUAUGUGCGAUCAGUGCAUUUCUGGGACUUUCGGUUAUCAUGGCGGUGGAACAUGGAUACAUGUUGUUUGUAGUUAGUAACUCACCUCCAUCAGCCUUGGUUUUUUGGGAGCCUAAUUAUUCUGGUCCUGCAAAGAGCUUGAAAUGGCAAGCUGCCUUUUUCUUUGUUGCAACUUGGGUUUGUUUUGCUGCUGGAGAGAUCUUGCUAUUGAUCGGGGUGAGUGUGGAGUCAGGGCACUUGAGAAAUUGGUCCACACCAAGACCCAGUUGCCUUGUCCUCAGAGAUGGCGUGUUAUCCGCUGCCGGGGUGUUUGCUUUGACAACAGUUUUCCUUGCUGCUGGUUUAUACUUGACUGCAUUGAGAGCACAAAGAAUCUCCCAACACCAAGAAACUGUGUGGAGAGGGGCGACCGAGGCCUCCGUACUUUAUGCAUCUCCGCCAACGUCACCUCCUCUCACAACCAUUCCUAGGGAGAACCCCUUGUUUGGAGAAAGUCACAUUGAUCAGCUGCCCUUCAUUGUGAAUCCGACGGCUCUUAGCAAACAGUUAAAUUUUUAAUCUAGAUAAUUUGAUGUUGGUGAAAACCAAUGUAUAUGACCAAUCGGCCAACGGCACUACGUUUCCGGUAUCGUGAGUUAAAAUUUGGUGGACAGACAUUUGUUGACAAAAGAAAAUGUCGCAAUAUAGUUUUGCAUAAAAAAAAAUACUUCUCUAAUUUACAAAGAGAGAAAUUCAAACUCGGAUACAUCACUAUCAAAUGUAGUUUGAUUGUGAUCAGAUCAAAACCUGGUAUUUGUAUAAAUUUGAUGACUCUGCGGCUCUGUGUUUGAUGUACAAAUGUCUCUCAAAUCUAGUGAAUAAAAUAUGCAUGUAUAAUAUCAAAGUAUGAAUUAUUUUACA